AUGCAACAAUCACAACAACAAAGACCUGAACAUCCUGCAACAUUUAAUGAAUUGCUAAUUAAUGAAGUUAGAGCGCAUCCACAACUUUACAAUCAACAGCACCGUGUUUGCACUGAUAACGGUGAGAGGAACGUUAUUUGGGAGGUUAUUGCCCAAAGAAUCGACGAAACUGUAAACGGUGAAUUUGCGAAAAAACGUUGGCUUCAAAUGCGCGAUCGUUAUAGAAAGGAGCUGAAAAUGGCACUUCGAACUUCUAUUCAACCGAAAUGGCCAUAUUUUGCCAAACUUUCGUGGCUCGAUCCUUAUUUGAAAGGAGCAAAGAAAGUUGAUUCUGCGUCUAAUUCGCCGUUAGGACAACAGAACAAUUUAAUUGCCGAGUUUGGGAUCGCUUCUAAGCAGCAAGACUUUAAUGGACUGAAUGGAAUUUUUGGUGGGACCGAAAAUAAUAAUGAUCACCAACUCCAAUUCCCUUCACCAACCGUUAAUCUGUUAGAAACAUUGAUGGCAGCAAGUCGUGAAUUUUUAGAGAGACAACAACGGGAAAAACAAGAAAAUGUCUCUACAAGUUCAGCAAUUUCUAAUAAUGAUUUGAAUAUUCAACAAUUACAUAAUGAUUUAUUAUUUGAUAAUGCUACAAUUGCCUCCUCUUCAGCAAACAGUGAUGAGAGUAUUGCGGAUCAACAAAAUAAUAAUAGUUAUUUAAAUGAUGGGAAUGAAGAUAUUGAAGGAAUUGGACUGGCUGGAGGUGAAAAUACUGAUUUUGCUAACAUUCGAAAUGUUAAUGGUAAUAAUGGAGAAGCAACAGAUAAGAAACAAUCCGAACUUCAAUCACGUUCUCGUAUUCGCAAUUCGCCAUUUAUGAUCCGUCGUGGUUUUGUCGGGGAUAGCAAAGUUACCAAAAAUCAACAACGUGGCCGAUCCAAAUUUAACAUUAACUGCAACAAAAAAAUUAAAAAAUUUGAUAUUGCUUCAUUUUGCAUGAAUGGAAAUAAUAAUAUCAACAAUGUUAAAGAUAAAGCAUAUUUAGAAGAAAUUGAGACGGCAACAAUUUUAGAUGAGGAUGAAGAUGAGGAUUGCCUUUUUGCACGUCUUGUUGUGGCUAGACUUAAAAAAUUUAGUCCAAAGAAACGAAGAGAAAUGCGCUCACGUAUACAUCAUUGGUUGGAUCAAGAGGAAGAUAAAAUUGAAAUGACAACGAACGAUGAGGGGAAGGAGCUCGAUACGACACAGUCAAAUGAAGACAAUAAUGAUGAUUUAAUCCGAUUAUAA